AGACUGCACAGUGGAGUUCUCAGAGAUCUUGAGCGUCAAAAUCAGAAAAAGCAGAAUAUUCGCAUGCUAGAAGAGCAGAUUGCUUUGACAAAGCACCUUACAGAAGAAAGAAACAAGGCACUAAUGGAAAAAGGGUCCCAGCAGUCCUAG